UGAAAUAUAAAUGGAUCAAUAUACAAGGGGGUUGACCUGGAAAUUCUCCCAAGAGAAUACGACUUGGACUGCUUUGUUUGAACUCGAAUUUUCCGGAAACGAGAAAAAUCAAAACUUUUAAGAGAUUCUCGAGAAAGAUUGAACCAAAGCACUUCUAUCGUGUAUGUAAAAGAAAUAAUUCCCUUUACGAAAUGCUCUCUGCGUGUUAAUAAAUGUUCGAUCAUCAAGUAAUCAAUCGGUCAACUUUGAUUGACUCAAUAUGAUUGAUCCGUGAUCUGGACCUGUAGUGGCGUCGUAUAGUAUGAUUUUUUACUAAUCCCUGAGCCUGUGUAGAACAUCGAUGAUACAGAGUUAUUUAUGAUGAAUCUCAUUUUUGUGAUGAUUUGAUGUUAGAGACAUACAUUAAGUGGUCGGGUUGACAAGUGUGGUGGAGUGUGUGUAACAGCCUAACAGGUAAUACUGAAUGUAUGGACAUGUGGAGAAAUUAGCACAAGAGAUUAGGAAAGGUGCUGCUUGUGUUAAAGGUGUCGAUGCCAAACUUUGGCAGGUCAGUGGUUCUCUAUAGUGGCUUUUCUAUGAAGCAUAUCUGUGAAUUCUAGGCUACAAUGAGAGACAGGGUUUAGUAACUGAUUAUAAAAAAAUAAAAUCUUUGAAACAGAGUUAGAGUUGAAGCUAAUAUGUCUUGAAGAAUGGGGGAGACAUUUUUAGGUUUUAAUUUACUGGUGAGUGUCUUUUAGCUGACACCCACCAUUCUUAGACUUUGUGAUCAUCAUUUGAGUGAUUUAACACUUAUUUUGUCUCACUUAUGCAUGUUUUCAGCUACCUUAAAUUUAAUUUGCAUAUUUGAUCGAUUCUAUCCUCUCAAAGAAAGAAGAAGACAUUCAUACUGAACCAUCGAGCUAAGCGUUUGUUCUUGACACGUACCAGAGACGCUCCCAGAAGAUGUGCUCUCUAAAAUGAGUGCACCUCCAAAGAGUGAUGCUCCUCUUAUCACCCCCCAGUGAUCUUACCGAGGCUGAUGGCUUUGUCUUUGGCUUCCCAACAAGGUUCGGUAUGAUGGCUGCUCAGUUCAAGGCUUUCUUAAAUUCAACUGGUGGCCUCUGGAGGAUUCAGCAACUCGCCGGUAAGCCUGCCGGAAUCUUCUACAACACAGGGUCUCAAAGUGGUGAUCAAGAAACUACCGCGUUAACUGCCAUUACUCAACUGGUUCAUCACGGGAUGAUAUUUGUCCCGAUCGGGCACACGUUUGAUGCUGGUAUGUUUGAGUUGGAGAAGCAUUCCACUAGGGGAAGUACAUCGCCGCUAUAAGUAAGAAGCUCAAGGGACCUGCUGCUGCUUAGAGCUCUCUCUCUCUCUCUCUCAAAUGAUGAACUUUAUUAUUAUAUUCUUGAUUCUUUGUUUCAACAAUUUGGUAUUUUGUGAUUUUCUCGUUCUGGAUUUAUCUAACACUGAAAUGAGUUACUUCAGCUAAGCAAUAAAACCUCAUUGAUUUUACUUGUGUGUGUCCUCUUUCUCUCUGAGUAUGAUCAAUGGAUCUUCUAUUUUCACGGAAUGUACAUAUAUG